AUGAGCUGUUACUACGGCAACUACUAUGGUGGCCUUGGGUAUGGCCUAGGCAGCUUCAGUGGCCUGGGCUAUGGCUAUGUCUCCAGCUAUGGUCUUGGGGGUUACCGUGGCUAUGGCUAUGGCUACUUCCGUCCAUUCUAUUGCAGAUACUGGUCCUCUGGAUUUUACUGA